UUGUUCAGAUUCCGGAAGUUACCUCAGACUCUGUUGCUGAGCCUACUCUGGAAGCUAAAACUACAGAGUGCUUCAGUGUCAACUCUAGAUGUCACCAAAUUUACAAUUGUAGUUUCCCCCUAAUACCCAUAAACAAAGAUUGUGUGUGUGUUUCAUCGCAGCAGAACAGUGAGCUGUAACUAGGAAAAUGGCUAACAUAGCCGAACAGAGAAUUAAAAGAGAGUUCAAGGAAGUAGUCAAAAGUGAUGAGGUUUCUGCCUUCAAUAUUAAAGUGGAAUUAGUCAACGACACCUUCACAGAAUUACGGGGAGAGAUAGCAGGACCGCCCGACACAGCAUACGAAGGGGGAAAGUUCAAGCUGGAAAUCAAAAUCCCAGAGACUUACCCUUUCAACCCACCUCAGGUGAAAUUUGUGACAAAAAUCUGGCACCCAAACAUCAGCUCAGUGACGGGGGCUAUCUGUCUGGACAUCUUGAAGGAUCAAUGGGCUGCAGCCAUGACGCUGCGAACCGUUCUGCUAUCCCUCCAGGCCUUGCUAGCCGCGGCAGAACCCGACGACCCCCAGGAUGCGGUGGUGGCCCAGCAGUUCAAGGAGAACAACCCCAUCUUUCAGCGCACGGCGCGCCACUGGACCUGUGCCUAUGCUGGGGGUCCGAAGAGUGACAAAGAAUUGGAAGAGAAGGUUGUGUCCAUGAAGAACAUGGGAUUUGACGAGCAUAAGGCACGCGUGGCGCUCUCGACAAAAGACUGGGACGUGACCCGAGCGGCGGAGUACCUGAUCAGUUAACGCAGCCAGCCCCCUGUAAUGCCAUAAUGAUGUCCUGAGAUAAUUAUAGUUUGUUUUUCUCCUGGAAGAAUGUCCUCCUUGCGGUUACUAAUUUUGAUAGACAGUUUUUUAAUCAUGUCGCAGGACAAUGCUGGUCCAUCAAUUGUGUCCAGUGAAAUCUGCUCUUGAGAGGAAUGAUGGCUUGAGAUUGUGCACAGCCGGAUGGGUUUUGUUUGUUACAGGUGAUGAUAGGGCUUUGUAACGGGGAAUGAUAGGGGCUUGUUUGUGAAGGGGUUUGCUUGUAACAGGUGAUGAUAGGGGCUUGUUUGUUACAGGUGAUGAUAGGGGCUUGUAACGGGGAAUGAUAGGGGCUUGUUUGUUACAGGUGAUGAUAGGGGCUUGUUUGUUACAGGUGAUGAUAGGGGCUUGUAACGGGGAAUGAUAGGGGCUUGUUUGUAAAGGGGUUUGCUUGUAACAGGUGAUGGUAGGGAUUGUUUGUGACUAAAACGGAAUGAAUGAGUGUCUAGAUCUUUUUAUUGAUGAAAAGUUCUUUUAAAAAAAUUGAUUUCUCACAAGUUUUGAGUGUGUGUUGCUAAUAAUGAUUUGUCCCCAAAGAGAAGUGUACAAUAUCGUGGGGGAAGUUGGUGCAAAUGUUCUGGCAGCAUGUAGCGAUGGACGAGACAGUGUUGUGUGGCUGUGACGGGAGAGUGAAUGAUUGGCUGGAGCGCCAUGUCUCUGUCGAUAGAUACCUACGUGUGAUUGGCUGGGGUGCCACUUCUCGGCAGAUAUACAGUCGACUACGCUGGUAGCGAUGUCGUUGUGGGGGGUCAGAAAAAAGAUUGCUACAUCCGAAGUUCGCAACAGCCGUUGGAAGAAAAAUUCAAGGGAAAUAAUCCCAGUUCUCAACCUCACUGUAGAGUUAAUAUUGAGCUUUGGCAUGUGUCAUGUAAGGUUGUCAAUAGUGUCAUUCUGUGGGAGAUUUCUGGCUAAGUGUCUGAUGCCUCCUACUGCUGUGUGAAUGUUCGUAACGUUACAAAACAUCUUUGGGUUCAUCAAGGAUUGGUCAAAACUAAACAGGGGGGAAACAUCGUUAAAACCGUUAUACGCAUCACCACAGCUGUCUCGACGGAUGUAGUCAGUUCGGUACGGCCGUUUCCAUUUGAUUGAGUUUGUGUUACACCAGUGCCCGCUCUGUGAAGAACGAUCGCUACGUCUGAACAUCUUUACAACCGACUUGGCUACAAGUGGAGUGGACUGUAUACCUACGUGUGAUUGGCUGGGGCUCCACGUCUCCCCAGAUAUAGCCUAACUGUGUGAGAAAGGACGCUACUUGAUUUCCCAUGCAAGUGUAAAUGAUUGUUUGCCCUGCUGUGGGUGAGUGCCUGAUGAGUACAUGGCACCACUGUGUGUGAAAUAUUGUGGGAGAUAAUUGUGGAACUUUCACUCCUCCUCUGCGACAGACUGCUAACAACGUUGUUUUUCCUAUUUC